AUGGCUGAACAAGAGCGUCAACCUCCAGUUAUUAAUGUUCAACUUCCAGCUAUCAUGGUCCAUUAUCAGGAAGGAACGAGGUUUACUGGAGACAGCGUUAGGCAGAAGACGGAUGUUAAGGCUGAGAAGAUUCGUCAGGUCGUCGUUUCAACACCAGACACCGAACGUACAUCCUCAUCCUCUGACGUCACACAAUCGCUUGGAAGUAUGAAUUUGAGCGGCGGAAUGAUGGAUUUCAUCGCAUGUGAGAAUUCGCGUCAUCUCAUGCAAAAUAACGAAUUCAUCGAAGCUGCGGAUCAGAUGGAAGAUCUUUCGCCGUCACCAUAUCAACAGCUAAUAAUGUCAGAAUGCUACUUUCAACUAGGAAGAGAAAGAAACGCAUUGAGGUGUGUUGAAGCGUUACAAACAAUGAUGACGUCAUCACCGAAACCUAAAGUCAAUGACGUCAUCAAAUUGGUUAAUGUUUACAUUUCUGAUUCCUCUCAUAUUCGUGCAUUGAUUUUACUCUCUUGUUGUGCUAAGUUGUAUAAGUUCGAUUCGAACUCGAAUGAUUCGGUUGAUGGGAUUAGGGAAUGCGCAUUUAAAUGUUACAGCGUGAUCAAGGCUAUGGCUAAAGAAGGCGAUAGGAUGAAAGCGAUUGCAACAGAUGUUGGUUUGGGAAUGAUCACUGAUAUGUUGACAGAGUUGAGAUCAGUAUCAGGAUCUGAUAAGAAUAAUAGAGCGGAUAUGGAAGCGAGAUGCUUGAAUUAUGUUGGUUUGAGUUACAAGGGAGUUGGCAAAUAUAAGAAAGCGAUCGAAUUUUAUAACGAAGGUGUAGGUUUGUUGAAAAAAACGUUUGGUUCAAACGCUGGAAAAUAUAAUGUGUUUGGGAGUAUAUUAAGCAACAUUGGUCAUGCGCAUCAUAAUCUCAGCGAAUAUUCCAAGGCUGAAUCGUUUUAUUUGCAAUCUCUGGAUGGGUAUGAAAAAGCUGAGAAUUGGCCUAGUGAUAAGAAGAAACAGGAAAGUAUAGAAACGACAACGAAACACUUGAAAAACACCCGGGAAAAAAUAAAAAAGUGUUGA